GCCAUGUGGCAUGUGGCAUGGAUCAUAGCUCCCUGACCAGGGAUGGAAUCCACAUCCUCCACGUCCGAAUGUGAUGUCCCAACCACUGAGCCACCAGAGAAGUCCCUCUAUCAUUCUAAUAAAACCAAUUAACAUCCCAGCACAUGAAUGCUGGACACAGAGGAGCCAAAGUCAAACACAUAUUUUUAAAAUGACUUUAAGGGUUUUGCUCUGUACACUGCCUUAUGCCUUCCCUGGGCAUAACGUCCCCAUUUCAAAAUUUAUCAGUUGACCUAGAAAUGAGUUUCUGCCAGGAACCAGACCAUGGUCAGAGGCUCUGGUUAGAAACCACAGAUACACUCAGAUGCAUCAUGGGAACUACGUCUUUUCCUUAUUGCCAAUGGCCAGAGGUGGAGGAAGACCUUUGAAUCAUCAGUAAACAAAUCGGUGUGAAAGCCCCUGGGCGACUGCUCCUGAGCUUCACUCACCACAUCCUGAGCAUCCCCCUGGCCCGUGGGGCUCCAUCUCCACCCAGCUGUCCACAUUUAUCAGGCAGAAUCUGAGUGAUGCCUUCCACACUUGCUGUCCUUCUCAUCCUUGGGCUGGGUCUGAGCCAGAGGAGCAGCACCCAGAAGCAGAUGCUCUCGAAACCUGCCAUCUGGGUCAGACCCAGUUUCAUGAUCCCAAAGGGAAGACCGGCUACCAUCGGGUGUCGGGGAGCUGGCGAGGCCAUGGAAUACCAACUGCACUUUGAGGGAGGCCUUUCUGCCUUGGAGAGACCGAAGUCAUCCCCAGUGAUGAACUGGGUGAAGUUCCCCAUCCCAGCCAUGACCUCUCACACCGCAGGGCAAUACAGGUGCUCCUACCGAAGUGGGGAGCUCUGGUCAGAGCUCAGCGACCCUCUGGAACUGGUGGUAACAGGACUGUAUGACACACCCACGCUCUCAGUCGAACCCAGGUCUGAGGUGACCUCAGGAGAGAAUGUGACCUUCCAUUGCCAGCUGGCAACAGCUACAAGCACGUUCUUCCUGCUCAAGAGGGGACGAUCCAGCCGCCCCCAGCUCAGAUAUGGGAACCUGCGGGCAGAGUUCCACCUGGGCCCUGUGACCCCAGCACAUGGAGGGACAUACAGAUGCUUUGGCUCCUACAACAACCACGCAUGGUCUUUCCCCAGCAAGCCUGUGAAGCUCCUGGUCAAAGUGCCAGGAGAUGCCGGGGACACCACCUUCGCGCCCACCGAACACACCUCUUCUGACUACUGGGACUCCUACGAGUUAACCACAGGGACCCAAUCGCAGAAAGACCAUCUGCUCUGGAAUCACAUGAUCCAGAAUCUCAUCCGGCUUGGCCUGGCUGUCCUGGUCCUAGUGGCCCUCAUGGGGUUCCUGCUUGAAGACUGGCUUCACAGGAGAAAGUCUCAAGAGAGAGCCCAUAGGACUUCACGUCGGGGGUGCGGGAGAAGGCUCCGAGCACAGAGAGCCCUGGAAACAUAAUCAAGAGACCCAGCGGCCGCAGGUGGAGCUGAAAGUGGCCCCAAUCUUGGGCUGUGGGAGCUCUGUGUGGAACCCAUGGAGGAAGGGAGUUGCUGCAGAGAACUAAGGGAGGACUGCGUGCAGUUGGGCGGGAGGAAGAUGAAGACGGCACGUUUCUCCUGCAGACCAAGCCUGUUGUCUCUUCCAGGUUCAAAGGACUCUUGUGCUUCCUUCCUGCAAGCCAAAUUUUCAACCACCCCCAUCUUUCCUGAAAGCAACUUUAACAUCACGGCCACAGGAAUAUUUCCUUCUUCCUUUUGUCUUUAUCCUUACUUCUUUUUAUAA